ACCAGCAGCUUAGUCUCAGAUCAAGGAAGCAGCUCUUUGAAAACUUUUGUAGUGUGAUUUGAUUGCAGCAUUCUUCAAGGAGAUUGAUGAAUCUCUCACAGCCACUCAGAUCUGUACUGUAGAGUUGCUUCUGAAAGAAAGAGUGUGUGACCAGAAAGAUUUUUUUAACUGCUUACAAACACACGAACAGGGAAAUCUUGACCAAGCUCUUCCCUCUGAGUCCUGGCACUCAGGCCAGGCCACCAAGGAAUGUCACAGACCAAGCGGAAAACCUCCAGUCUUUCCCUGACCAUUGGUUCCCCAGCCAAUGAAGAGUCUAGCAGCAGCAAUAAAGCACGUCACAGUUAUUUCACAUUAAUUCACCCAUUUUCCAUUGAUCUUCAAAGAAUGCAGACUCCAUUGAAAAAGCAGACUGGAUCUGCCUUUGAAGCAGCCCCUGUCUUUGUAAAGGGCCUACAAAACAUUAAAACCACCAAAGGACAGCUAGUGGUGUUUGAAUGUCGAAUACAAGCAACAUCCACUUUUCAAGUUCGCUGGUACAGAGGGAAUAAUCAGAUAAUUGAUUCUGCAGACUUCCGGAUAUUGAGAAAAAAGGCCUGUUUAUCCCUGGUCCCUGAGGAAGUUUGCACGUUGGUGAUCACAGAAGCGUUCCCUGAAGAUUCUGGCUUAUUUAGAUGUGUGGCUGAAAAUGAGUUUGGCGCAGUGGCAUCCAGUGCAUACCUUUUUGUUUUCCCAGGAACAGAAGAAGGUUUAAAAACCACUCCAGUAUCAGUACCAACUAUAAUGAACAUUACUUAUGCACCUAAGAGCAAUUACUGGUCCAAUGCUGCUGGCCCAGCAAACCAAGCGGAGCAUACAAAUUCCUGGUGGCAGAAUUAUGGGGAUGAGAGCAAGGAUUUCUGUGGCAUGUAUGAAAACCCUUCAAAGAACUCAAGUUACUGGGAUUAUCAUCAUCAAGACAGCCACUCUUUCCUGAGGCAAGGGUUCCUUUCCACCGAGGAACCUAGCCAAGAAAGGCCACAAAAUUUAUCAUCCAUUUCUUCCAAACCACCAGCCCCAAACCCAUUUUCACCCAAAGCACAGGAGAACUGUGAAAGCCUCCCAAUGAGUGUCAGUAACCUCCCAUCUGUAUCCUCUAUGUAUCAACCAAGCAUGUUUAACUAUGAGCGUCCAAAACACUUUAUCCAGUCUCAAAAUGCACAUCAAGAGAAACCACAGCCUCCAGGACCUGAACCAUCUACUACGCUUCCAAGCAGGCAAACCAAACAGUCUUCCAUUCUAAUCCAGCCAUGUCACCCUAGUGAGAAGAAAUUCUCUUCCUCUUCAUCAUUGAGCUCGCCAAUCUCGCUCUCCUCGCCUUCCUAUAGCGCUUCAUUUCCCGUAACACCUGCAUCUGCACAGUCUCCUGCUAGCUCCUCAUCUGGGCAGAGGAUUUCAUCCAUGCAUAACCAAUCCCCUGCAGCAUUCCUUUGCUCCAUUUUGCCCUCCCACUUUGAUUAUAAUAGCCAAGGUCCUUCCUCAGUGGAAUCCAACAGUUAUUCAAAGCCUAUGUACAAGAAGCAAGCUAGCAGCACCAAGCAAGUGCAGAAGACUUCUGACAGAGAGAUACAAGGAACGAAAGACGCUCUCAUUCAAGACUUGGAAAGGAAACUACGAUGCAAAGAUAACCUUCUCCACAACGGCAACCAACGUUUAAGCUACGAGGAGAGAAUGGCUCGUAGGUUACUUGGACCAGAAAAUGCCGCAUCUGUAUUUGAAUCACAGAGUGAGGAAAAUGCACAGGAUUCACAGCAGCAGACUUUAGAAAGCACAAGACUGCAAGUGCCUUCAGUGCAAACCAGGAGCAGACCAUCUUCAAGAGGGGAGAGAGGUGAGCAUGGCUCCAUCCAGGAGAAGUUUUUUCAGCCACGUUUUGUUCAAGUACCUGAAGACAUAACAGUUGAAGAGGGACGAUUCUGCAGGGUUGACUUCAAGGUCAGUGGACUACCAGCUCCAGAUGUGGCAUGGUAUUUAAAUGGACGGCUGGUUCACCCAGAUGAUUUUCAUAAAAUGAUUGUAUCUGAAAAAGGCUUCCACUCAUUCAUUUUUGAAGUAGUUCAAGUCUCUGAUGCAGGAACAUGGGAGUGUGUAGCUUUUAAUCGUGCCGGAGAAGCUUCUUUCACAGUAAAACUGGAUGUCAUUGCACGAGAACACCGGAAAGCUCCAGCUUUCAUAUUUAAACCCAAAGUUUAUGAGGGGGAUUCAGCCCGGCUUGAGUGCCAAGUCUCGGCUAUCCCUCCACCACAGAUCUACUGGAAAAGAAAUAAUGAAAUGGUACAGUUCAAUACAGAUCGAAUAAGUAUGUUUCAUGAUGCUUCUGGGAAAGUCUGCCUGUUGAUCCACAAUGUAAUUAAAAAAGAUGCUGGCUGGUACACAGUAUCUGCAGUCAAUGAGGCAGGAGUGGCGACUUGUCAUGCCAGAUUGGAUGUAGCCACUCACACGUACAAACCAGUUCCACAUCCAAAGCAACUGAGGGUUCGACCAACUUUUAGCAAAUACUUGGCACUGAAUGGCAAAGGUUUGGAUGUGAAACAAGCUUUCCUGCCUGACGAAGGCGAGUUUCAGCGUAUGGCAGUGCAGUCCGGACUCUAUGAGAGUGAUGAACUUUAACUGAAACCAAGGGAGAAAAGUUCUAGAGCUGCUGCAACAGACACUUAGGUAUGGCACAUAGGUGCAAUUAAGUGGUAGUUCCACUGAUAGAAAACAUAUCUAAUACAUUUUUAAUUUAUAUUUUGACUCCGGCUCUUACUUCCUGCUGUUGUGACUUACAAAUUUGUGAAAAUCAAUCUUGUGUGACUGUCACAGUGGGAAAUGGCAAAUGUUUGUAUUGUUAAUUGUAAAGGCCAAGAAUCCAGGCUGUGGAUGACUAUGAAAGUGCAGAGGUCUUGAUGGCACCAAGACGAAGUCCCAAGAUUUUUGUAAAAGUAGUUUUUAUUUGUACUGCUUUGUUAAUACCACUCCCAAUAGUGUUACAUUUUUCUGCUGGCUGAAUACUAAGCAUAACUUGAGUGUUUUCAAUGAUGAUAGUAGUAUACUGAUGCAAAUAAAGUUUUAAAUACAACAUG